AAGCAAGUUGCAACCAUGCAAUGGAACAGUCUUUCGUCUUUGACUUCGUGACAAGGUCGAACCGAUUCUAGAUUCAACCCUUCAUUGUUACGCGUUGACUGGAUAUCAUAUCCUGUACGGUUGCCCAGUCAGAUUUCAAAUGCAAGAACCCAGCACAGUGGGUCGAGGUUGUAACUGGAGGAAUGCUUUUCUCAGGGCCACCCUAGCUUCCCACAUCGCCGGGAUCAGGUGGGGCUAUCUCUUUGGAUGGUUCUCUCUGCAUUCAAGAAAUGCGCAAGGUUGGCUAUAUCCUACGUCAAACAUUCCAUUCAGUGUCGCCAUAGUCAUCGACAGAACUUGGGUUGCCUUGAGAAGGUCUUCUGUUCGCGGAUCGGAUUCGGCCCUAGUGGAGCUCUCAGUGAGCUGGUCAUCCGAAUCAAACGAGAUGUGGCUAUCCGGCGGGCAAAAUGAUGGACUACUAGAGCUUGCCAUUGGAUGGCAACCACAUCAUACAUGCAAACUUCGGAAAGACGGCUGUCAAAACUCAAUGAACGGUAUAGACUACGGCUCCACAAUUAUUCCCCGAGCCGUCACUGAAACCACAGUCAACUAUAUGGUUAGGGUAUAUCAGCCAGUGUGGAUUAGUACAUAUGCUGCCGGUUGUCAUGACGCAACAUCUAUGUGUAGGCUCGAAUCCAAUGCACUAGACGGUCCCACAGAGAACCUAGAACAUUCAAGAAAAAAUCCAGAGAGGAGAUUGUGUGUAUGGAUGUGUCGAUCGUCCAGGCGCAGAUGAUUCAGCAUGAGCUCCUAGCGUGGGCCCGAAUGAAAACGGAACGGAAAAUAGAACUCCGCAAGUCAAAGGGAACCGACCACCUGGGUCCCUGAACAUGCCCG